GCAGUGGCCUGAUCUUGGCUCAUUGCUACCUCUGCCUCCCAGGUUCAAGCAAUUCUCCUGUCUCAGCCUCCUGAGUAGCUGGAAUUAUAGGUACCCACCACCACACUCAGCUAAUUUUUUGUAUUUUUAGUAGAGGUGGGGUUUCAUCAUGUGGGCCAGGAUGGUCUCGAACUCCUGACCUCAGGUGAUCCACCCGGCUCGGCCUCCCAAAGUGCAGGGAUUACAGGUGGUCUGCUUUUUUGAGUCAGACUUUAGUGAGGGCCUGAGUGAGACAAGCAGGCAUUCAGGGGCUUUGAGCAUGGGAGUGACUCAAUCUGCCUUACUUUUUAAGAGGGUUCUCUGGAAACUGUGUGGAGAAUUAAUUCAAAAAUGUAAGAGUGAAAGUCAGGGAGCUAUUAAAAUCAACAGGGUGAGGCCACGCUCAAUAGCUCAUGUGUGUAAUCCCAAAAAUUUGGGAAGCUGAGGUGGGUAGAUUGCUUGAGGCUACAGAGUUUGAGAUCAGCCUGAGCAACAUAGCAAGACUGCAUCUCUAGAAAAAAAAAAAAAAAAAAGUAACUGGGCAUGGUGGCAUGCACUUGUAGACCCAGCUACUCAGGGAGGCUGAGGUGGGAAAAUCGCUUGAACCCAGAAGGUCAAGGUUGCAGUGAUGUGAUCACAUGGCUACACUCCAUCCUGGGCAAGACAGCAAGACCUUGUCUCAAAAAAAAAAAAAAAAAUCACUGUGAAAAGGAUGAUGUGGCUUGGACAGGAUGGUAGAAAGGAAGUGAUAAGAAGCCCUCAGUUUCUACAUAGGGUUUGAAAAUAAAGCAACAGGAUCGAUGAGAGAUUGGUUGUAGUGGAUGAGAAAAGGUGAGGAAAAAGGGAGACCCCUAGGUUUGCACCAUAUUAGAAUUCUAAAAAGGGGUGUUGUUAGGCAGUGCAUAUAUGGGUCUGGAGUUGAGAGGCGAGCUAUGGGCAAGAAAUAAAGACUUAAGAGUCAUCAGCCUUCUAGAUUAUAUUUAAAGCAAUGAGGCUAGUGAGCUCACCAAAGGAGUGAAAAUAGGAGAGAAAACAGAACAGAAACUGGGCCCUGGCUCACUCUGCUGUUGAGACGUUGGGGAGAUGAGGAGGAAUACCCAGAAAUAAAUAAAACCUCCCUGGAUGUGCUAUCUCAGUGCAAUCAUCAGUAUCUCUCUUCUCAACAGAAAAGAAAGUAUGGAGCAGUGGGAUCGCUUUCACAAUCAACAGGAGGAGACUGAUAGCUGCUCUGAAUCUGUGAAAUUUGAUGCUCGCUCAAUGACAGCUUUGCUUCCUCCCAAUCCUAAAAUCAGCGCUUCCCUUCAAGAGAAACUGAAGUCCUUCAAAGCUGCACUGAUUGUCCUUUACCUCCUUGUGUUUGCAGUUCUCAUCCCUCUCACUGGAAUAGUGGCAGCUCAACUCCUGAAGUGGGAAACGAAGAAUUGCUCAGUUGGUUCAACUCAUGCAAAUGAUAUAACGCAAAGUCUGACGGAAAAAGGAAAUGACAGUGAAGAGGAAAUGAGAUUUCAAGAAGUCUUUAUGGAACAUAUGAGCAACAUGGAGAAGAGAAUCCAGCAUAUUUCAGGCAUGGAAGCCAACCUCAUAGACACAGAGCAUUUUCAAAAUUUCAGCAUGACAACUGAUCAAAGAUUUAAUGGCAUUCUUCUCCAGCUAAGUACCUUGUUUUCCUCGGUCCAGGGACAUGGGAAUGCAAUAGAUGAAAUCUCCAAGUCCUUAAUAAGUUUGAAUACCACAUUGCUUGAUUUGCAGCUCAACAUAGAAAAUCUGAAUGGCAAAAUCCAAGAGAAUACCUUCAAACAACAAGAGGAAAUCAGUAAAUUAGAGGAGCGUGUUUACAAUGUAUCAGCAGAAAUUAUGGCUAUGAAAGAAGAACAAGUGCAUUUGGAACAGGAAAUAAAAGGAGAAGUGAAAGUACUGAAUAACAUCACUAAUGAUCUCAGACUGAAAGAUUGGGAACAUUCUCAGACCUUAAGAAAUAUCACUUUAAUUCAAGGUCCUCCUGGACCCCCAGGUGAAAAAGGAGAUCGAGGUCCCACUGGAGAAAGUGGUCCACGAGGAUUUCCAGGUCCAAUAGGUCCUCCAGGUCUUAAAGGUGAUCGGGGAGCAAUUGGUUUUCCUGGAAGUCGAGGACUCCCAGGAUAUGCCGGAAGGCCAGGAAAUUCUGGACCAAAAGGCCAGAAAGGGGAAAAGGGGAGUGGAAACACAUUAACUCCAUUUCAGAAAGUUCGACUGGUCGGUGGGAGCGGCCCUCACGAGGGGAGAGUGGAGAUACUCCACAGCGGCCAGUGGGGUACAAUUUGUGACGAUCGCUGGGAAGUGCGUGUUGGACAGGUCGUCUGUAGGAGCUUGGGAUACCCAGGUGUUCAAGCCGUGCACAAGGCAGCUCAUUUUGGGCAAGGUACUGGUCCAAUAUGGCUGAACGAAGUGUUUUGUUUUGGGAGAGAAUCAUCUAUUGAAGAAUGUAGAAUUCAGAAAUGGGGGACAAGAGCCUGUUCACAUUCUGAAGAUGCUGGAGUCACUUGCACUUUAUAAUGCAUCAUAUUUUCAUUCACAACUAAGAAAUCGCUGCUCAAAAAUGAUUUUAUUACCUUGUUCCUAUAAAAUCCAUUUAAUCAAUAUUUAAGAGAUGAAGAAUAUCGCCCAAAUAAUAUUUUAAAUUACAGGAUUAAUAUAUUGAACACCUUCAUACUUACCAUUUUAUGUCUAUAUUUAAAUCAUUUUAACUUCUAUAGGUUUUUAAAUGGAAUUUUCUAAUAUAAUGACAUAUGUUGAAUUGAACAUACUGAAGUUUAUAGCUUCCAGAUUACAAAGGCCAAGGGCAAUAGAAAUGCAUACCAGUAAUUGGCUCCAAUUCAUAAUAUGUUCACCAGGAGAUUACAAUUUUUUGCUCUUGUCUUUGUAAUCUAUUUAGUUGAUUUUAAUUACUUUAUGAAUAAUGGAAGGGAUCAGAAGAUAUCUUUUGAGUCUAGAUUGCAAAAUCUCAAAUCCACACAUAUUAUUUUAAAAGAAGAAUGUUAUCCAACUAUUAAGAUAUCUCAAUGUGCAAUAACUUGUGUAUUAGAUAUCAAUGUUAAUGAUACGUCUUGGCCAUGAUGGACUAGGGAGCUCAUUUUUCUUGUCUUGUACUGACAACUGUUUAAUUGAAUCAUGAAGUAAAUUGAAAGCAGGACAUAUGAGAAAACUGACCAUCAUUAUAUUUGUUCAGAUAAUUGGUGGCUCAAAAAUGCCACUUAACAGGAAGCUUAGUUUGUUAUGCGUUUUAAAUGGAAUAAUUAGCUUGUUACAAUUCUAGAACAUGGUGUUUAAAAUCUGAAUCUAAUUAAUCCAUUUUAACAAACAGAAUGCAAACAUCUUCAGUGCAGAAGGAAGAGAGGUUGCAACUUUUUGGAGUCUUUUAUGAAGUCAGUCAACAUUUACAAGCGGCGGGGGGAGGGGGAACAUCUUUAGUCCUAAAGGGACAAUAACUCUGAGCAUGCCCCAAAAAAGUAGCUUAGCAACUUUUUGUUGGUAGUCAACCCAUCCCCAGGGCCAUAGUGUAGAGUGUGAAAAGCUACCCUGAAACCCAGUAAUUCUACCCUGAAAGUGACUGCAGAAAGGCCAGUAGUUGAUAUUAAAGCCCAAAUGAAUUCAACCUCAGCCCUGAAAAUAGCAGAAUUCUCAAGUUUCCUAUAACCAGUUCACAAAAAAAUGUAAUUGUAAACUAGUACUAUUAUGGAAUUACUCUACUGUUCUUUCUUUAAUAGCGGCAAAUGAAAGCAUAAGCUUAAGCACUUUUUCAUAUUCUGAAGUCUCACCACACAUAAUAACCAAGUGGUAGACUCACAACCGUCCAACUUAAAAAGGCAAAACCUUACCUUGGAAUUGGAGUUACUGUAAACAGCCUACUGAAAAUGAAUUUUUAUCAUGUAACAUUCUUCUACUUGUUUAACAUUGCUGAUUUUCUCUGACAGCAUAAUUUUGUGGUUAAGAGAAUGAAUUCUGAAUGUACACUUUCUGUCUCAAACCCUGGCUGUACUUUCAGCUAGUUAAUAAUUCUGUGUGUUCAGUUCCACUAUCUAGGUAUUUUCUUCAAAAGGUAAAUACAAUGGUUUCUGAAAGAAUCAUUUGCAUUAUCAGCCUGUUUGGGAUGUAUGAGAUCACUGCCUCUGGGUUGUUAAUACUGUAUUGCUGUAUGGUAUAUGUAUGCUGAUUUACCACUUAUGCAUAGAUAGUUAUAUCUUUAAUAAGUAAUCUAAAAAUCCUUUUUGUAUUUGAGAGAAUCUACUAAGUUCAGUCCAGUCGAGAAAAGAACCUAAUAGCACCAAUACAAAUUGAGGACUUAAUUUACUUUGGAAUGCUGAAUUGCAUUCACUCCAUUAAAAAAAAAAACAGAAAUUUGCUAUUUGGUUUUUUUGAAAAAAUAGCUCAGCUGACCAGAAUGAAUGUAUUCUACUUGGUGAGCCAUCUAACAUCACGUUAAAUGCAAAAUGUAUAUUUAAAUAAGAGAAGAAGAAAAAAGACCAAAGGGAUGUAGAAAAUAAAGAAUAACCAUUAAUAUCUAAGGGCCAAACAUAUUCCACCUAAAUUAUCUAAAUAGUUUCAAAUCAAAACUUUCCAUUUUUUCAAAACGUAUAGACCAUAGUAGUUUGUACUUAAAUAAAGUAUUACAUUAAUUUGUAAUGUGCCUGUUACAAAUAAUAUACAGUUGACCCUUGAACAAUGCAGAGGUUGGGAGCACUGAUCCCUUCACAGUGAAAAAUCCACAUAUAACUUUUGACUCCCCCAAAACUUAACCACUAAGAGCCCACUGGUGACCAGAAUCCUUACCAAUAACAUAAAUAGUCAAUUAACACAUUUUUUGUAUUACUAAUACUGUCAAUUAACACAUUUUAUAUGCAUGAUGUACUGUAUUCUUACAAUAAAAUAAACUAGAGGAAAGAAAAUAUUAAGCAAAUCAUAAGGAAGAGAAAUAUAUUUACUAUUAAUCAAGUGGAAGUGAACCAUCAUAAAUGUCUUCAUCCUUCAUUGUUGUUUUCAUAUUGAGUAGUCUGAGAAUGAGAAAGAGGGGGAGUUGGAUUUGCUGUCUCAGGAGUCGUAGAGGUGGAGGAUCCAUAUAUAACUGAAACAGUACACAGUUCAAACCCAUAUUGCUUAAGAGUUGACUGUAAUAAUAUUUGCUAUUAAGAGUAAAAUGAAAUAUUUGUACCCUCAGUCAUUUGUUUGAUCAGUAUGGCAGUGAUAUGUAUGCCCAAAGCAAUCACAGUCAAGAGAUACAAAUUUACCAUCACUGGGUUACAAUGAUAAGCAUUAUUUACUCUCCAGAGUUGGAGAAGCUCAAGGCUGGUGAAGCUUAAGAUGCCAUGUUAACUAAAUAAAAUCAAGAAUCUGGCAGAGAGGAGGAAAAAGUCAAUGUUUGUCAGGCAGACAAUUAACAAUGUUCCCUCAGAAAAGCACGAUUAGGAGAUGAUUAUGUUGAGAUUUUUUUAAUUCAUUGAGACACUAGAUAGGAAUUUUAGGAACAUAUGUUUGGCACUAGAUGUGGCUUUGGCUUUUAAUCACACAUAUAACCAUAGUAUAGCCUGAUUUUUUUCAACUAUGUAUUUUCUUUGCACUUUUUCUUUAUUGAAUGUUAGGUAAUACAUUUUUAAAUGUUUUUUUCUUUAACCACACCAAUUUUCUGGUUACAUAACAUAGUGAAAUAUGUAUUCCUUUCUGAUAUUUAUCAGCUAUUUUCCUUUGCAGAGUAAUUUAUGUUUAAAACUCUUAGAAUUUAUAUUUUUAAAAUGUUAAUAUCUUAACAAGAACUUAUUUUAUGUAUAUGUUAUUAUUGAGUACAUUUACUUAAACAAAAACAAAGAGCAAUAUUAACAAAAUGAUGGAGUAGGCAGCUUCAUGAAUCCACUCCUUUAGAGAAAUAUCAAAAAAUAAAUAGUGGCAGAAUCAACUUUGUCAGGACUCUGAAAAAAGUCAAAAUUUUACAGCAAAUAAGCAAAUGUUGCGUCAAGAAAAAGGCAACUUUGAAACAACAAGAAAGUUUGUGAUGUUUUUGCCUGCCUUCCCCCUACCUCCUCCUGGAUGCAGCAGUGUUGUUUGUUUGUUUGUUUGGUUGGUUUUGGUUUGGUUUUUGUCUUGAGGCAGUGGUAGGCAGUCUACAUUCAUAGCUUGGGCCCUUGGUCCCUGGUUCCAUAGGAAGCAAAGAUGACCUUCUUCACAAAUGGUUGUGUUUGUCUGUUUUAAUCUGUCUAAGAAAUUCCUUGAAGGACUGAUGCAAAGCAUUCAACUCUGUUUCACUUAAUUUUGAAUUCAGGUUGGUAAAGCAGUGUCCAUUGCUCAAAAACACUGUAAGCUGAAAUAACAACUCUCAAAUGCAUGGGUCACAGCAUUAUAGUUGAAACAUGAAAUAGAGAGCAUAAGGCCUGGUAGCAAAAGCUGAAGACAGUUUCUUUGGGAAAUUAGGAUGUUCAAAGAAAAUGAAUGCAGGGAAAUUUAGAAAGCCCCAUGCAUGCCCAGGGCAAAACACAUGCCUUGAAAAGAACCUAAGCUUUCACCUUGGGCUGAUCUCUAGGAUUAGUGCAAAUCUGGUUAAGUGUUGAAGGCGUGCCCAGACUCAGAAACAAUCUGCAAAUACUGAGAGAGAUGGAUUGUUGUUGGUUGUUGCAGAUUUUGUAUUUUGUCUUUUAUUUCUGUUUUUAGUGCUUGGCAUUCAAAAACACUAUCUUAACACAAAGUAAGGAACAGAGACUCCAGUGAUCAUCAACAAUAAGGAACACAGUCUUGGUAAAAAUCAUUCAGGAUAGUCACAAAAAAAUAAGCAAAAGAAAUUAAAAGAAUGGUCACUGAGGAAGUACAGAUGUUGUACCUACUUGACAAAGACAUUAAAACAACUGUCUUAAAUGUGCUUUAAAAAGUAA